GCCCAAAUAAGGAAAUGACGUGGCGCUUACACGGCAAUGGUUGCAAAUAGAAAACCCAAGUGGUGACACCGCUACGGUGGUGGGGCGACGUGGGUUCGAGGAGGUUUCAUUUGGAGCCCGCAGCUGACAGAGGACCGGGUGCAGCUUGUCGUCUCGAAGGAUGGGUGACACGCCGGGAGAGACAAACUUCUACUCCAACGCAGAGGGCUACUGGAAGGAAGUUCCGCCGACCGUGGACGGCAUGCUGGGGGGCUACGGGAGCAUCUCCAGUAUCGAUAUAAACGGAUCCAGGGCUUUCCUUCGCAAAUUCCUCGGAGAAGGGGAGGGCAAGACAAGUGCAGGCUGCGCUCUGGACUGCGGCGCGGGUAUCGGGAGGAUCUCCAAGCGUCUGCUGCUGCCUCUCUUCAAAACCGCGGACCUGGUGGACGUGACGCAGGAAUUCCUGGACAAAGCUAAGACGUACCUGGGAGAGGACGGAAAGCGAGUGGGCAACUACUUCUGUAGCGGCCUGCAGGACUUUGUACCAGAGGGCGGACGCUAUGAUGUCAUCUGGAUCCAGUGGGUCAUUGGCCACCUGACCGACAACCACUUGGUGGAGUUCUUACGGCGCUGCCAAAAAGCCUUGCGACCCAAUGGCCUCAUCGUCAUCAAGGACAAUGUUUCAUACGAAGGGGUAGUCCCGGAUGAGGUCGACAGCAGUGUAUGUCGAGACCUGGAAAUAGUCCAUAGCCUGGUGAGCAGAGCGGGUUUGAGAAUCAUCUACGAGGAGCAACAACGUAACUUCCCAAAGGAGAUCUACCAAGUCCACAGUCUGGCGCUCCGAUAAGAAGUGCGCCUACUUUGGCAGAGUGCCAUUUCAGAUAUUUAAUAUGAUGUUUCUAGUCAACAGUCCUGACGUGACGGGCACUUGUUGAUGCGUUCUUUAGUAUGUUUUGCCCAUAGAGGUCUGCGUCAUCAUCAUCUUCAACUGUAUCUUUGCUGCAGGACUUAUUUAUCAGUCAGAUCAUUUGAACGUGAAGCUAAUGGAGGUACAUGAAGAACCUUUUCUUCCACACUGUUCCAACUUAGUUCGUCACAGUUGUACGUUAACCGCCUCAGGUCGGUGGCUGUUGACUUUCCGUUACAAAUUGGACUGCCUCGGUCGUCACGACGACUUCGAAGCAGAAACUUUGUCACUGACCAAUAACGGCUGCUUCUUACAUCUGAAAGAUGUGAAGACUUUUAUAAUUCACUGUAAGUGCAGGCCUUUGUAAUCAAUGCUUGAAUUGUGCAUUUUAGAACAGUAAAUGUUUUUCACAAGGUAUCAGCUAAAUUAAAAAGCAGUAUGUUUCUCAGUA